CGCGCAGCUCUGUUACCGUAUAUUCGAUAUGUUGGUUUGUUUACUUUCACGAAAUCAGAAAUAAAAAUAUUAUCAAUGAAUAUCACAAAUGCGUUAUCACAAUCUGGUGUUUUUUAAGCCAAAGAUCAUAAUUGCUGAUGGAAUAAGUGAAAGUAAUGUUGUGCUGUUGGAAUGGAUAUUAGUUUUGCACUAUGAACGAUUUCACCCUAAAGUCAAUAGCUGCAGACUUGGCACCGGCUAAUUAUUUGUCGGUAGCGAGCAAUGCCCGUGUACAUCGCGACAAGCUUAUUAAACUUCUCUUGGAAAAGAAAAAAAUACCGGAAGAUGGCUGGGAGAAUACUACCAUAGAGUACUUCAUCGGCGAGCUUUCUCUGAUGGACAGCAACAAUUUUCCCAAUCGUUACGGUGUAGGCGAGCGUGAGGCCAGAAUAGUUUGUGAUAUGGUUCGCCAACGACACUACAACUUUGCUCACGGGAUCGGACGAUCUGGCAGCCUAACUGAGGCUCAGCCCAAAGCAACAGGAUCCACGGUCAUGAAUAAUUUAACGAAUAGCCUUGUGCUGGAUUUGAUCCACGAAGUGGGUAUCCGAAGCUGCAAGAAAGCAAUUCUCGUUCCACUGGCCACGGGAAUGGCCGUAAUGAUGACGUUACUUUCGCUGAAGGCGAAACGACCACAAGCUAAGUACGUGUUGUGGUCAAGAAUUGACCAAAAAUCGUGCUUUAAAAGCAUUCAGACGGCAGGCCUUAUACCUGUCGUCAUUGAUACCAUUCCAGUGGAGGAAAAGGGCGAUGCUAUGUUUGGAACCGAUCUGAAAGAAUUUCGGAACAAAAUAGAACAACUUGAUGCGAGCAAUAUUUGCUGUGCCCUUUCGACGACCAGUUGUUUCGCACCAAGAACGUGCGACAGUAUUGUAGAGCUGGCCAGCUUGUGUCGGGACAAUGACAUUCCACAUGUGGUUAACAAUGCCUAUGGGUUACAAAGUACUUACCUGACACAUCAGCUAGAGCAAGCAGCUCGAGUAGGUCGAGUGGAUGCGUUCGUUCAAAGUACAGAUAAGAAUUUAUUGGUUCCGGUGGGAGGAGCAAUCAUAGCAGGUUUUGACGAAAACGUAAUCAACCUGGUUUCUGAGUCUUAUCCAGGAAGAGCAUCCAGUUCUCAAACAUUAGAUGUACUUAUAACACUACUGUCUCUGGGAAAGAAUGGUUAUCGCAGACUGGUCGCCGAACGAAAGGAGCUUCAUCAAUACCUUCUGAGCCAAAUGACAACCUUAGCGAAAACAUAUGCUGAGUUGGUGGUGUCCGGGAAGAACCCAAUUUCGUUAGCGCUUACGCUAACAAAUUUCGCAACAAAUCCGCAGAUGAUUGGUUCCAUGUUGCACCGAAGAGGUGUCUCCGGUUGUCGAGUGGUAAGCGGAAGGGAAUCAAAAACCAUUGGAGGCCACACGUUCCAAGCAUGGGGUUCUCAUAAUGGCCUUGCUGGAGUGCCGUACCUAACGGCGAGCGCAGCACUCGGUAUAAGUCGCGAGGAAGUGGAUGGGUUCAUUAGUAAACUUAGACAAGUACUGCAGGAACGGGUAGAAAAUGUAGUAUCUGUCACAAAAGCGUGAAUGAUGGAAUAAAAAUAAUGUGAAAUAUUGUUUUACCCCUCCGGAAGUCGCGCUUGUGGCCCACUGACCGAGCAGCCGCUGGUGCUCUGAGACGAUUUCGCUAGAUUUUCAGAGCAGCGUGCACUCAGUGCACUAGCGCCAGUGCCGGAAGGGUUAAUGAUUAUGUAGAUUUUGUUUUAGUGAACACGAUAAACUUAAUGGAAAAUAGUCAACCACCUUAAAUUGAAAAAAAACUGCAAAAAAUUCUUUCUUCGUAAUUAGCAGUAA